AUGCUAGAUCUUGUGAUUUCCUUAUCCAGAGCUGCAGGACUUCGCCACAGGUUGAACUUUUGCACUCGGCACCCACAACAUUGCUAUGUCGGGCUCGGGCUGCCACACACAAUUUCGCAACCGGCGGUCAUCGUGAUGGCAGACGGCGAGCCUGCCACCCCCUGUUGCUCUCAUCAAUUCCCCAUCUAUCGCUCAGGUCCAACUACCAAGCUUUCAUCAGAAUCGUACACAAUCGACAUUCGAUCAUAUCUAAACGCCAUGCCACCAGCACGCCGUUCCCAACGCAUUCUCCAGCGUUCGAACGCAGACUCCCUGGUGGAGAGAUCCAAACGCAUCAAUAUUCAUGAUGUCCUACACGAGGAUUUCCUAACCUUUGCUCAGAGUGUUCCACCUCAUCUUGCCGACAAAUACUUGACCAUCCUAGAGGAGAUUUUCAAGCACUGCGAGCCAAAGCGCACAAAGUCGAUGGGCGACAUUGGGGUGUCCAGGCUCAUAGUAUUUUGGGCCUCGGGGAAGGUGGUCCUGACAUGGAAACAAGUUAUUUCGGUUCUUAAGAUUCAAAAAAAUCAAUCAUUACAAAAAAAAUUCGUUCAGCUCGCUUUCCUCAGACGUUACCCAGAUUACUAUGAAAAUGACAAAAUCGAUCAUCAAGCAAGAGUUGCCAUUAUAGAUGAUACCUUGGACCACGGCCUCGCCCGUUUGCAAAGCGCGACUGAGCCUAACAUACUGCCCCUCGAUGUCAUUCGAAAAGGCUUUCUCUCUGAUUAUAUCGGACGCGAUGAAAUCGUCACCCCGAUCCUCAGCACCCUCAACGAGCACGCAACAUCAUGGACACCAGAGGAAUAUCACGCGCCCUGUACAUCUAUCAUCGGGCCAACGAUGGCCGGCAAAACACGCUUGCUGAUGGAACUGGCAGAUGAAAUUUGUGUAGUCUACAUUUGUCUCCGUCCCCCAACUUCCAUCGGGGAACCAAAACGAUCCCAGCUUGCAACCGAAAUGCUCAAGCCACCCCCCUGCACAGAUCUUGAAACUUACUAUGUCGACCUCAUCACUGCAAUCCUAUCUGUCACCAUCAAAUUUUUUCAGUCUGCCUCAAAAACAAAGGAUCGCAAAGAAUUAUUGCGAGCAUGGUACCAGCACCACAAUUCACCCAAGACAAAAUUCUACUCAAACGUCCAAUCGGAAUUAAGAAGAUUGACCAGCAAGAAUGAUACACUCCGCCAGCUUGACCUCGCAGCUGAAAGACUCGGGAAGACCCACGUCCUGGAAAGCUCUCCGUUGAAGGUAUUACUGGCAAUCGACGAGGCUAACUCCUUGUUCGACGAGCGGGGUACUCAAACAGAUUCACAUGGAAAACAGAGUCAAGAGCUGCCCCUUAGCCAUUUUUUUCGCCGCGCUUUGAGACAUGUGCCAAGCAUGUCUGGUAUUUUUGCUAUCCUAGUCGACUCAGAUUCCCGUGUCGCCAAUUUCAACCCAAGUGCAAGAAUCGAAGUUCUACCCACCAAUCGACCCAUAGGCGUCCGCGCCCAACCGUCCAAGAUGUACCCCGAUAUCUACGAAUUGCGCACCAUUGACCGGAUGGCCCCUGCCAACCCACCAAGAAGAUGGGCGCAAUUGUUCUCGCCUGAGCGCCUUUGUAAAUACGGGGUUCCGUUCUUCAGUUUACAGUUAACUCUUGCGGUAGAAGAUGGCAGGGCGCUAGACCCCACUAAAGCUGUUCAUGUAGUGGCUGGAGUUGCUUUGAACAAACUUCUCUGCGCCCCAAUGGCGGGCCCCCGUGAAUUAACCGAAUCUCGGGCACUUGCCUUACUAGGUCCAACGAUCGGUGUUCCUCUACAUGGCCAGGCGCGUCUAAAUGCUCAGCUCAUGGCAUCUCAUGCGGCGCAUUGCGGCUACAUCGAUGCCGAGCGCCAUUGUCAUUACAGCUUCUAUCCGUCACAGCCGAUAUACGCACUAGCUGCCAACCACUAUCUUCUGGAAAAUGAGGAGGUGCUUAUAAUGUGUAUCAAUUUUCUAACUGGCGUCUUAUCCGAAGAUCACAUGAGCGCGGGAGAUGUUGGCGAAAUUGCAAGCAGAAUCAUUCUACUUUGCGCCAUGAACAAAACUGCAGCUGAUAUUAAGACUGCAAAGCAAUCCUCGGCCAAUCCUAGAAGCGUGGGACGCAUAUCGAUUCCCGAUCCGGUUCCAGUCAUCAAAUUCCUGGAGACUCUUACCGGAUUAUCUGCACACGAGCUACCUCUUGGUUCAAUCGAUGCCGAUCACAAGCACAAAUUGCUAGAACAGGGAAUGAUGUUCUGGAAUCAUUUCAUGCAUUGCUUGGAGAGGCCGACGACUGAAUCGUUGCUUGAAUGUCUGCAAAGAGGAUUAGCUUUACACAGUCAGCCUAGCCAAGAAGUUUUUGACCAAGUCUUGACAAUCUACUUGAAAGAACAAUCUGAAGAUAAGUUGGAUGAAGCGAAUGUCACAUUCUGUGGCAUACGGGCCAGAAACCGAAAGCACGACUUCGAGUUGAACACUUCCCAGCAAAUCAUGAACCCCGAAACAGCCAAGAUCGACAUGAAAGAAAAAAGCAACCCCUACCUCUCACUGUACUUUACCUUUCAAGACACUCCCCUCAUAGAGGAAAAUCCCAUCAGAAGGGAUGACUACGAAUUGCCUUCUCAUGGACCACCAGAUGGCCGGCAGGCGUCCUUAGUAUUCUAUGGACUCGAUUCAUUUCACUUCCUCAGUCCCGGAUUGAAGAACGCCUUGAAAGAACUCAUCAAUAUUCGCCCGGACCCUGUUUCGCGAAGCCGAAAACGUAAAGCAGGGGAAGAAUACGCGACAGACUUUUUGCUGCGCGCUGAUGCUCGUCGCCUCAUAUAAUGUUUUUGAUCUCUAUCUUUCCAUCUAUUUUUGCGUCCUCAUUCGUCACAUCUUCAUGUGAUUGUAAGGUUUCUUGACUGCGCUCCUACAUAUUUCCCAUUUCCCAUUGCCAUCCCGGUUAUUUUCAAAGUCUAAUUCAACUACUCAGUACUGUCUGGCCAAAACAUGAUUGUAGCUUCUUGAUUACUUGUAGACCAGCCCUUUCUUUGAAGUCAUAACAGAUCCAACACUCAAACUUGUCAAACAUUAGCUGAUCUGUAACAAAAAUCUAAAAUAGGAAUAUAAAAUUGAAUUUAUUGAUUUGUGCAUUCGUAUUGAAGUUUGACUCCAAUGUUAAAAAGCGCGACACCUUCUACGGCUCUCUCAUGCUAUUCUCUCAGUUAUCCGUAGACAUUUUU